UUUUCAGAUAGUUCACAAAAAUGGUGGCAAACGGGAGAAUGGAGAAGAGGCCGUCUACGAAAAAGAUACCUACGACCGCAACGCUGGACGAGGCCAUGCUGGAGGCUGGUCUGGGCUUGUUCAACAUCGCGCACAUGCUCAUGAGUGGCAUCAUCCUGAUGGGGGUGAUCAUGCAGACCCUGAACCUUGGCUAUGUGAUCCCAGCCGCUCAGUGCGACCUCAACCUUAGCAUGGGGAUCAAAGGAUGGCUCGCAGCCAUCCCUUUCACUUCUAUGAUCCUGACAUCUCACAUGUGGGGCUACUUGGCGGACACGCGCGGCCGCCGGCCGGUGAUGAUAGUCUCCAUGCUGGUUUCCGUGCUCCUCAGCAUACUGGCCAGCUUCGCACCCAACCUGCCAGUGUUCGCUGUUCUCACGUUCUUCUCGGCUGUGUUCAUGUCGGGCCCUUCAGCAGUCGUCUACACAUACCUGGGCGAGUUCAACAACCUCCAGCACAGGGACAAGAUGGUGGCCUUCGGAGCCUCGUUCGUGGGGAUCGGGACCGUGUUAUUGCCUGGUGUCUCCUGGCUCGUCCUCCCACAGGACUUCGCCUGGCCAAUCUCCUGGCUGGGCAUCGACUACCGCCACUGGCGCCUUCUCGUGAUCGCUGCAGCUCUACCCUACACCCUGGGCGCUCUGCUUCUGUUCUUGGCUCCCGAGAGCCCCAAGUUCCUUAACGCGCAAGGCAGAUAUGAUGAGUGCUUGGCUACUGUGAAGAAAAUCUAUGCAGUCAAUAAGUGGACUGACCCGGAGACGUUCCCGAUCAAGUCAUUGGUAGUGGAUCCGAGUGCAGUGACAGCUAGCAGCGGCAAGGGCAUCGCGGCAGUUUUGAGUUCCAUGUGGGACCAGACAGCGCCCCUGUUCAAAGGGAAACUCCUCAAAUGGACCUGCCUCACUUGCUUCGUGCAAUACGGGAUAUUCUCAGCGUGUAACGGAUUCUACGUAUGGUUCCCGACCAUCCUCAACUCGCUGGCCAACCACAACGGCGUCGGAAACGCCAGGAUCUGCGAGAUUCUAGAUGCAAGUCAGCAGGCUGCCGUGAAUGCUACUGAUACGGUCUGCGACGACACCAUGAACACCGAGACCUUCGAGCGUUCCAUCUACAUCGGCCUCGUGUUCUGCUCCAUGUACAUCGUGGUCGGCUUCCUCGUGGACUUCGUGGGCAAGAAGCUGAUCCUCCUCACGAUCCUGGGUGCUUCUGGCUUGUGCGGCAUCAGCGCUCACCUGGCCUCGAACCAGCAGACGGCGGUGGUUCUCUUCGCGGUGUUCCAGAUGAGUGGAGCGUGUAUUGGCAUGAUGAACGCUGUGGCUGUGGAAUUGUUCCCGACUAAAUACAGGGCUAUGGCCGUGUGCCUGUCCAUGAUGAUGGGCCGUCUCGGUUCUGUGGUGAGCUCCAACCUCAUCGGCGUAUUCAUGAGGGUCAACUGCGGCAUCAGCUUCUAUCUCUUCGGAGGACUGUUGCUCACGUGCUGCGCAGUCUGUCUCACUCUUCCAGGCAAGAAGAAACGAGUAAAACACACAACGAAGAGCGUAGAACCGGCUCAAAAUGAAACCCAUGAACCAGUAUGAAGCGGUUCGUAACUUAACUACGAAGCACUUUCGUCCGAUCGUCUAUUUGCCUCUCUAUCGCUCGCAUGAAUAAG